AUGCUCCACGAAAUCCUCCUCUCCCUCUCGGGCCACCCAUCUCCUCUCCUUCAUACACCUCCGUCGCCCGAAGCAGACGCUCUAGCAGGCAUAACACCCCCCGAACGACAGCUCCUCUCGUCUGCCAGACACAUCAGCGACCUGAAUACCAACCUCAUCGCCUACUCGACUGAAAUCUCCACGACUCAUUCGUCGACGAUAUGUCGAGCUGUCGCCACGGCCAUAAGUUCCAUCCAUCUGGCUGCAUUUCAGCGAAAGGUUCUGCAAGUAGAGGAGAGCAUACUGAAAAAUGACGCUGAUUGGGUUGGGGCGUAUAAUAUCGUGCCAUUGACCGCCAUCAUGGGCGAAUUUCAGCAGUGGACGAGGCGGCUAGAAUGGCUAUGGGACACGGAUUAUGUUUGUGUUGAGAACUGCCUGCCGUCAUUUGUCACAGGAGCAACAGCGGCAUCCAUGAUAUUCAUCGGCAAAUCACUCAACCACGUUCGCGCCAUGAACAGUACCAGCUCGUCAUCAGGCGGAGUAGCACACGUAUCCGCUAAGCUCCAAGAAUUAUCAGCCUUAACAUUACCGCUAGAAAACUCCGAGUUUUCCAAGGCAGUCAAGGCCAUUCGCACUUCCCUGUCACAAAACACUUUGCAAAAGAUGCUUCCUCUCGCCAAAGUUUCAGAAAUGAUCCAGCUCCUCCGGGACUUUUUCCUCCUUGGUCGGGGUGAAUUUGCCAUGGCCCUCACUCACGAAGCAGACGAAAGGAUUAGAAAUCGCUGGCGAAGAGCAGGCAAUCUCGCAUACGAAAAGGACGACGGCCUGAAAAACCUCACUGUCAAGGAUGGUGAAGUCGCUGCGGUUUUGAAUAGGACGUGGGCUGUGCUCGUCUCUAUGCAGGGCCAACACGCCGAGGAGGACGACCAGCUCGAACUCGCACGAAGCUUGAUACAACUCCAUCUUACAAAGUCCAAACCCCCGGCCGCACUCGUCACUGGAAGAGGUUUGGACGUCCAAGCAGCAAAUGUCCUCGCUGCCUCCCCUUUCCGCAACAUGCUUUUCUCCGUCCCAGCCAUGCUCAGCCUCGACCUACCCUCGCCACUAGACAUGGUCAUCUCCCCGUCGGACCUCCAGCUCUACUCCUCCAUAAACGCAUACCUCCUCUCCCUUCGCCGCGCGCACAUGCGCCUCACCGACCUCUGGAAAAUCACCUCCCUUCGUCGCCACUACCCUUCCCCUCGCGGCGCAUCUGACCACGCUGUUACCCUCCGAGAGCGCUGGUCCGACCGCUCCUGGUUGCUCCGAAGCACAUGGACCACCGCCAGCGCUGCCAUAUUCUUCCUCGCCGAGACAGAAGCCUACUUCCAGACAGAGAUCGUCAAAACCCUCUGGGACAACUUCCACGCCUGGCUUGUCCCUUCACAGCCACAGCGCUCUGGCCGCGCUACCCCCAUUGACCACCAUCACUCGCAGCCUCCAAGCCAGCAUUCUCACGAUCCGCAAACCCUGUCCACCGCACACACGCUCUAUCUCCGCACCCUCACCCACCGCCUUCUCCUCACUCAAGCCUCCUUCACGGAUCAAUUAUACGCCCUCCUCCAACAUAUCGACCACCUCGUCACACACAUCCACCGUCUGCACUCGUUAUUCACAUCCCUCGACCUCGAGCACGAUGCUGGCGUAGUAGAUGCCUUUGUCGACCUUGAGCGCGAACAAUCGCAAGUAUUCAGCUCGCUGCACGAUAUACAACUCAAAGUAAAACAAGGUAUAGACAAUGUGGUUUCAGCGUUGAGAAACUUGGAAAGCGACGCCGCAUUCUUGGCAGAAUGGGAUGGGCAGGGACUAGUAGACGACGAAGGUGAAGAGAGAGGGUAUGUGCCGUGCCGUGUGGGAGGGGUUGAUAGGUUGUUGAUGAAGUUGGACUUUGGCAGUUGGUUGGGCGGGACGGCGUGGGAGGGCUGA